ACAACACAUUAAGAGGCACAACAGGAAAAAACACACACACACACACACACACACACACACACACACACACACACACACACACACACACACACACACACACACACACACACACACACACACACACACACACACACACACACACACACACACACACAUGCAUAAAAAAUAACCACACAUGCGCCGAAGCCCCCGCAAACGCGCGAGUGUGCACUGGAGAAAACCCCCGCAAGAAGGGGGAAGAUUCAGCGAAUGGUCGGCGAUGACAUGUUUUAUUUGUCUCGUGUAUCCCACGCUGCCGCUCGUGUUGGGAGAGCUCAUCCCCUCGGAUGAGCACACACACAACCACACACACACACACAAACACACACUCACCACCGAGGAUGCAGACGAGAGCAUGAGUUCGGACCGAGCGCAGGAUGACACGGUCUGUCAGAAAGCCGUGACCCUAAUCGUUGACCUUUGUCUGGCCGACGGUGAGCUGCUCGCUCAGGACACCUGCCAGGAUUUCUUCUUCCUGUUGUCCAAACAGAACUCCGACCACCCAGAACCAGACCCAGCCUUCGGGCUCCUGCGUGCCGUGCUCGUGGUGUGUGGCCUUGCCCUGCUGGGCCUGCUCGCCCUCGCCUCCUGGAAGCUGUGCCUGGUGCCGUGGCGAAGCAAGACGCUGCUCUCCAGCCCGGCCGGCCCCCCCGCACAGCCCCGCCCCCUCCGGUCAGCGUCUCUGUCACCGUCGCCGACGCCCGGCCCCCAGCAGCAGCAUCUGCUGCCGCUACCCCCGCCGUCGUCGCCGGCCGCCGUCGCCAUGGCAAUGGAGAAGGGGAAGGACCACCCCUUGGGGUCCAUGGGUUUCCUGGAGGCGGCGGUGAAGAUCAGCCACACGUCGCCGGACAUCCCCACCGACGUGCAGCUGUCCAUGCGCGAGCACUUCCUGCGGCGCACGCAGCGCAUGACGCGGCAGGCCACUGAGCCCGCCUCCUCCACCAGGCACAACUCCUUCAAGAGGCACCUGCCCAGGCAGGUGGGCAGCCUGGACCUGGGCAACGACUACAUGCCGGACCUGGACGAGAAGUCCACCAGCAUCGGCCGCAUCAAGCCAGAGCUGUACAAGCAGAAGACCCUGGAGGCGGAGGAGUCCGACAAGUACACGGGCAUCAACUGCGGCCGCAUCAACUUCUCCCUCAAGUACGACUACGAGAACGAGGCGCUGCUGGUGAACAUCCUGCGCGCGCUGGACCUGCCCGCCAAGGACCUGUGCGGCAGCUCCGACCCCUACGUCAAGGUGUACCUGCUGCCCGACCGCAAGAAGUUCCAGACACGCGUCCACCGCAAGACGCUCAACCCCACGUUCAACGAGAGCUUCCAGUUCCCCGUGCCCUACGACGAGCUGGCCGUCAGGAAGCUCCACAUGAGCGUCUUUGACUUUGACCGCUUCUCCCGCCACGACAUGAUCGGAGAGGUGGUGCUGGACAACCUGUUGGAGACGUCUGACCUGUCCCGGGAGACGGCGAUGUGGAGGGACAUCGAAUACUGCACCACUGAGAAUGUGGACCUAGGUGAGAUCAUGUUCUCCCUGUGCUACCUGCCCACUGCGGGGCGUCUCACCCUCACAGUCAUCAAGUGCAGGAAUCUCAAGGCCAUGGACAUCACCGGCUACUCAGAUCCUUACGUCAAGGUGUCGCUGAUCUGCGACGGCAAGCGCCUGAAGAAGAAGAAGACGACCAUCAAGAAGAACACUCUGAACCCCACCUACAACGAGGCCAUCAUCUUCGACAUCCCCCCCGACAGCAUGGACCACGUCUGCCUGCACAUCUCCGUCAUGGAUUACGACCUGGUAGGUCAUAAUGAGAUCAUCGGUGUGAUGCGUGCUGGAUGCAGCGCUGAGGGACUUGGCCGGGACCACUGGAACGAGAUGCUGGCGUAUCCGCGCAAGCCCAUUGCUCACUGGCACCACCUGCUGGAGUCCAAGAAGUCGGAGAAAGAGUGGAAGGCGAGGACGGCGAGCUUCGACAGCCAGGGCUCCUGCCCUUCACCCAGACCCCCCGCCAGUCCCUGAACCCCCACCACCACCUGGGACCCAGACCCAGAGCCAGAUCACGACGGCUCCCUCCUGCUGAUCCCACUUCCCCCUCUACCUGGAGAGAAAAGACCAACACCACCCCGCUCGCACCGACACCCUACCCAACCCUCCCCCUACUCGCCCGCGGUCCCCCUGGUCUUCCCACUGACUGAUGUUCUAGGCGGGGGGAUCUGGCGUCUUGUCGCUGGGUUCGUAGCUGGAACAUGGACACGCCGCUUUCAGGGGGGCAGACGACACCGGAGAAAGCCGAGCUGAUGUAACUCUUUGUGGUGUUGAUGUGGUGUUUGAACAGCCUCCCUCUUCGUCUGUCCUCUCCGGAGGGGAGUUUUCUGACUUCCAGUCGUAAAACUACGUUGUCCGUAGAUCGUGUGCGUUACCACCUCCAUGCGGAGGGAAGAAUGGGAAUAGCAUCCCAGUGUGCUCCCUUGUCCACGCUGCACGUUGAACAUUAAUCUGGGAGCAGUGAAGACGUUGAUUCGAUGGAGGAUACCCUUGAGCCUACCGUCCCCCGUCUCCCACCUUAGGGGAGCCAAGGGGGGGAAUGGGUGUUGGCCAGCCUAGGAGAGAGAGGUACUUUCAAGGAAGCCUUGAGAACAUUUUCUUUAAAAAACAGUUUUCUCGCUUGUGGAUAUUUCUCAGUACUCUAAUAGCACACUUCAAUUCUCCUCUUAUUAAUAUGGCCCAGGCAAAUUAUAACUCAACUGAAACUAAAAAGUACACAAACAAAGGGUUUUCAAACAAACCGAGGGAGAAAAUAAAGACAAAAAACAACUGUUAAACAUAAUUCCUUUCCAGUUUCUUUAGUAAAGUAAGCAACUCUGCCAGGCUUUGCUCACAUAACAGCUUAACAUAUAAUAACAAUAAUUAUUAUUAAGUUAUUAAGAAAGAACUAAGGGGUAUUUUAUGCACCUUAAAUUAACCGGUGUUUAACUACAACAAUUUGAAAUGACUUUACUUUUCUUGCAUACCCUUUUCUCAUUCAAAAAGUAGCAUAAUUUACCUGUAGCAUAGCGUAGACGUAGCUAAACCUACCAUAGCACAUACAAAACAAGACCAAUAAACGAAUGGCAGAGCACCAACACACAAACGUGCUUCACUUACGUUUAAAUAUGCGACCCAAAUAUGCUGCAAAAAAAGUCACAUACAAAAUCAUUAAAAAACACAGCCACCGUUUCAUCAUUGUCAAAAUGAUUAUGUAUGCGUACAGCAUAUUUCCAAGGGAGUCAUUCCCGACCCCCCAGGGCUUCGCUCCACAGAGAAGAACGCUACACACCCUUACCUCCUCCUGGUGUUAUCAUGUUUGUUAUGAAGGUCCUCACAGAAGACAACAUGGUGUUGUUGUGGGGGGACUGGGGAGUCAAACACACUGCACUUCUUUGUCAAUUGCUUAUUGUUUCUAUGUACAGAUUAACAGUGUGUAUAGUUAUAUGAUGUGUGUGUAUGUGUGUGUGUGUGUGUGUGUGUGUGUGUGUGUGUGUGUGUGUGUGUGUGUGUGUGUGUGUGUGUGUGUGUGUGUGUGCUUCUAUGUAUGUGUGUGUGUGUGUGUGUGUGUGUGUGUGUGUGUGUGUGUGUGUGUGUGUGUGUGUGUGUGUGUGUGUGUGUGUGUGUGUGUGUGUGUUUGUGUGUGUGUUUAUGACUGUACAUUUUAUGCUUGGGACAGAAAUUCACAAAUAGAAAAGAGAAGAAAACAUUAACUAUUUUUAGUGUUUGUAGCCAUGCUGAUAACCUGAGAACCCACAAAUCUUUUAUCUUGUUUUGAACUGAAUAAUGUAUCCGGGUGUGAAGAUUAAACAUAUAUAUAAUUGCCAUUGAGAGGUCACAAGCUACCAUAUGGUCUAAUAUUUGCUGUACGUUUUAAUAUCUAGGAUAAACAUUUCUCAAUUUAACGACAUGUUAUGUUAUUUUAGCACAAAAUCUUUAGACUAGUAAGACUUUGUUUAUCAAGUUCAGUUACACUUGUAUUUGUGGUUAAAUGCAAAUACAUAUCUAUCUAUCUAUCUAUAUAUAUUUGUUAUAUUUGUUGUUAACAUCUGGACUUUUUUGUUGUUGUUGUUGUUGUUGUUGUUGUUGUUGUUGUUGUUGUUGUUGUUGUUGUUGUAGUAGGAUUGCACACAUUUCAAUGAACUCAGGCUUGGAAUUUUUUGCCUAGAAGAGUUUAAAAAGGCACUUGUUAGAAACCAAUUGCCAAAAAACAGGGAGCAACUAAUUCAAUAUGUAUGUAUGUAUGCAUGGGGCAUUCAGACUCCCUGCGGAAACAUAUUUAGUGUUGAGUUAUCGAAAGGCAAUGAAAGGGUUAAAGAUUUUCUCAACAGAAAAAUCAGGAAUAGUAAUUCAGCAUCUCAUAGUAACCGAAGCAUAGCGAGCCGUAUCGUAAAUCUCAUCCACUUGUUUAGGUAGACCAACGUGGGAGCCAACAAUGGUCUGAUUCAGUAAGCAGACCUACAAAAGACGGGAGGUAGUUUUACCUCUUUCUUUAGUAAGUGCAGUGGUACUCACGAGUACAGAGAACACUGCUUCUGGAGGAACAUGUGGCCUAAUUGGUGCUUGUCAUGCCUAAGGUCCGUCAACAUAUUAUUGUUUUUGCUUGGCACAAUUCCUCAAUCCCCCACUCCACACCCCUUUCUGAAAAUGUGACUGUUUGAAAUGUUUGUCUCACACUCUUCAUUGUGGACUAUUGGUGGACUUUCUCAGAAAUAAUGGCAUUGGUAAUAUAUUUUCUACACAGAAUAUUUUAGUGUAAUAUUGGAAGCAAGUGGUUAAAAAAAAGAAGUUGUUUCUUUUCUAAGAUGUAAUUUAUGAUGGUCAUAUGUUUCUCUGAACAUGUGCUGUGUUUCCAUAGUAGAAUAUAUACCUGUUAAUUCAAUUCGCCUUAGUUUAUGGACUGUUUUAAGACCUACAAGCUUUGGCUAAGAUCUGUAGUGUUCCUUAAGGUCUUGUAAUCCUUCCAACCAUUAUGGAAAGUAAUGACUUUCCAAUUUUAUAUUGAACAAUUUGUACUUGUACUACACAUGUUUGAGUAAAUGUCCUUUUGAUUGAAACCAAAAGAUUUGACCCUAUAGUUCAGAAAAACAAAUAUAUUUUCAGUUUUCCUUAGACAUCCCAGAUCGUUAUGAUGACUCAUGAUAAUAUGUGAUAACAACAAAUUAAAUAAAUCUUGAAUAUAUUCAUGUA